GAAUAUCAGGAGGCUUGGAUCAUUGAGAACCAUCUUUGAGAUUAGCUGACACAGAUUGUAAAACAAAAAUUUAAUUUCAUUAAACUCAUGUCCAUAUGUAUUUAAAACAGAAUAAUAAUGUCCAAAGUUUGUGAAUUAGCUUCUUAAAAUUUUUCAAGAAUCAUAUUUUUAUUUUCCUAGCUUAAAUUUUUGGGUAAAACUUAAUGCAUAUUCCUCUGUGUAAUUUAUUAAAGAAUUUAGUACAUAAUUAGUUGGCAAGUUGAAUAUUAAAUAUGUUGAUGUUAUCUUUGAGGAACAAAGGAUUACUCAACAUCAAGUAUAUAUUGUUAGGAUUCAAUUAACAUUUUCUCAUAGAUUUUCUUUUUAUACUAGUCAUAUUGCUGUUCAAAUCAUAAGAUGCUCUUGCUAAUAACAGCCAUAAUUUAUAUCAGUAAAGAUCAAAAUAUUUGAACAUUCGUUACCAUUCCAAAGAUAUAUUAUUUAAUAAGAACAUUAUCUGGACAGAAACUGGAAGUACUUUUGUCAUGGAGAAAGGUGUUUUUGUUUUUGUCUUUUGCAAUGUUGAGUAUCAAAUCCUCAAACAUACUUAGGCAAGCACUUAACUUCUGAGUACAUCCCCAGCCUGAAAGUGCAUUUUUAAUGGUAAAGAAUUACAUGCUACGCUGUCUUCAGAGUUUUUUAGAAAUUGAAAUGUAAGUAUUUCCAAUUAUUCUGUGAGCAUAGAGCUCCUUAUGGUUAUUUCUGUUAAAGCCUCUGGGUAGCUAUCUGUUUCUCCUUUUUUCUUUCUUCCUUCUUUGCCACUACCUCUCUGCUAGAGCCAUUAAUUCAGAAACUGGCAAGGGACGUUAAGGGAUUGAGAAAAGAUAGAUAAACACAUAGAAAGUUGUACCAAGUGGGACACCAUCUUCUGAUAGAGUAACAGUGACCCAGAGGUAGCUCAGCACAUUUAUUAUAUAGGUUUUAUUAUCAAAAGGUUAUUUGUGGGAAGGUUUCUGCAAAGCAGGCAAACUAAAGGACGCAGCACUGGGGAGACAUUAGCGUUAUCUAACUAUGCUCAGAGUAGUUCUCUAUCCCUGGGAGCUGGUGCCUGAGCUCAAGGUCCAGACUGAUAUAACUCCAUGCCUUUGCACAGUUUCUUCAAGCCAGGUGUCACCAUAGCAACUGAGCAAUCUUGAUCUGUACAAAGGUACAGGUCAGAGAAAACACAGGCAGUCACAAAUCAUGAUCCAAGUCACUGCUUUCCACGCUUCUUUUUUUUUUUUUUUCUUUUAAUCCCCUGCCAUACUGAGAAUUGAAGCCAGGGUCUUCCACAUGUGAGACAAGCACUCUGCCACUGAGCCAUAUCCCCAGUCUUCUUAUUUCUUUGAAACAUGAUCUUAUUAAGUUACCCAGGCUGUCCUCAUGUCCUCAUGAUCCUCAUGCCUCUGUUUCCUGAAUAGCUGGGAUUAUAGGCAUGUUCCGCCACCCGCAGUCUGUUUCUCCCUUGUAUUUAUCUUUAUUGUUCAUGUGUUUGUAUACUAAAAAAUGCCUGAGGAACCCAUCAGCCUUUAUUGUAGUACAUAGUUGCUUUGACAAAUCUUGUACUACAUUACACAUUUGUUACUCCUAACAGUUAUUUAUUGGCAUUGAUGAGUUACAUUUAAAAAAAGAAAGAAAAAUCCCUAGCCAAUAAGAUUAAAGACUUUUUUCAUUAAUCUGUUAGGUCUAAGGGCAUCACUAAUCCAAAAUACAAUGGCAUCUCAGGCUAGGUAAAUUAGAUAAGCCUUCCAGCUUUAUCUCACUUUGAGUUCAUUGUUUUCUCUAGGGGUUAUAAAUUCUGGUAUCUUUCCAUAUGCCCAUAUUUUAUGUAUGAAUCUGAAUAUACAUGUAAAGUAAAUAACUGAUAUUUUUUUCAGUCAAUGGUCUUUGUAAUCUGGCUUUCUCUACUCUAGCAGCAUAAAUUCACAAGUCAGUUAUGGAAUUGGAUAUUGAAGUCUAGAUUUUAUUCUCUUUUAAUGUAUCAUCCUAAAAUUUGUUUUUUAUAGAACAAUUACUUGAAUUUAUGCACCAGCUUCCUGCUUUUGCAAACAUGACCAUGUCUGUAAGGAGAGAGCUCUGCUCAGUGAUGAUUUUUGAAGUGGUGGAUCAGGCUGGAGCUAUUAUUCUUGAGGAUGGGCAAGAGCUUGAUUCAUGGUAUGUCAUUUUAAAUGGCACUGUAGAAAUUAAUCAUCCAGAUGGAAAAGUUGAAAAUCUCUUUAUGGGAAAUAGUUUUGGAAUUACUCCCACUCUUGAUAAGCAGUACAUGCGUGGUAUUGUCAGAACUAAAGUAGAUGAUUGUCAGUUUGUCUGCAUAGCCCAGCAGGAUUAUUGGAGAAUUUUAAAUCAUGUGGAAAAAAAUACCCAUAAAGUUGAAGAAGAAGGAGAAAUUGUUAUGGUGCAUGAGCACCGCGAAUUAGACCGGAGCGGAACCAGGAAAGGACACAUCGUAAUCAAGGCAACACCUGAGCGUCUCAUUAUGCAUUUAAUAGAAGAACAUUCCAUUGUGGACCCAACUUAUAUAGAAGAUUUCUUAUUAACUUAUAGGACAUUUCUUAAAAGUCCUUUGGAUGUUGGAAUCAAGCUUUUGGAAUGGUUUAAGAUUGACAGCUUAAGGGAUAAGGUGACACGGAUUGUAUUAUUAUGGGUAAAUAAUCAUUUUAAUGAUUUUGAAGGUGAUUCUGCUAUGACUCAGUUUCUGGAAGAAUUUGAAAAAAAUCUGGAAGAUACAAAAAUGAAUGGUCAUCUUAGGUUAUUGAAUAUCGCCUGUGCUGCAAAGGCUAAGUGGAGACAGGUUGUGCUACAAAAGGCUUCUCGAGAGUCACCUUUGAAUUUCAGCCUUAAUGGAGGAAGUGAGAAGGGAUUUGGUAUUUUUGUUGAAGGAGUAGAACCUGGUAGCAAAGCUGCUGAUGCAGGACUGAAACGUGGUGAUCAGAUAAUGGAAGUAAAUGGACAGAAUUUUGAGAAUAUUACAUUUGCAAAGGCCCUUGAAAUUUUGAGGAAUAAUACUCAUCUUGCACUAACUGUGAAGACCAAUAUUUUUGUAUUCAAAGAGUUGCUUAGUAGGAUUGAACAAGAGAAAUAUGGUGUUCCUCAUAUUCCAAAAAUUGCUGAAAAAAAAAAUAAUCGGCAUUCAAUUCAAGAUGUCCCAGGAGAUAUUGAACAGACAUCACAGGAGAAAGGAAAUAAGAAAGUUAAAGCAAAUACUGUUUCAGGUGGAAGAAACAAAAUCAGGAAAAUUCUGGAUAAAACAAGAUUUAGUAUCUUGCCUCCAAAGCUAUUUAGUGAUGGAGGCCUGAGCCAAUCACAAGAUGACAGCAUUGUGGGAACAAGGCAUUGUAGACACAGCCUAGCUAUAAUGCCUAUUCCUGGAACACUCUCAUCCAGUAGCCCUGAUCUCCUGCAGCCUACUACCAGCAUAUUGGACUUUUCUAAUCCUUCAGCUGUUGGUUUUUACUAUAUUCCUGAUCAAGUUAUAAGAGUUUUCAAAGCAGAUCAGCAAAGUUGCUACAUUAUCAUCAGUAAAGACACUACAGCUAAAGAAGUAGUUUGUCAUGCUGUUCAUGAAUUUGGUUUGACUGGUGCAUCCGACACAUAUUCUCUUUGUGAAGUUUCUGUUACUCCAGAGGGUGUCAUAAAGCAGAGAAGACUUCCUGACCAGUUCUCCAAAUUAGCUGAUAGAAUUCAACUCAAUGGAAGUGGACCACUUUGCCAAGGAGCGGGAAGAACAAAGAAAUCGAAAAAGAGACGCUUGGCUGCUCAGAGCCGCGGGCGCUUUGCUCCCAUCUGCUUCCUCUUUCGCUUCGCUCCGGGCGGAGAAGCUGAAUGUGUAAUCAGCAGUGGAUUAUAUCCUUGGCUACAUCUACCUUCAUCAAUGGUGUGUUGCCAUCACAGUCACAGAGAUGCUCAAGAAACAUAUGAACAUAGGAAAAAAAUAUUUGUGCUUCUGGUAAGAGAAGGAAUUUAAUUUAACAAGAAAUGAAAUAUAUUUCAGAGCUACAAAAUUUUGAGGAUGCAGAGAAGUUGUACUUACUCUGCAGCUUAAGGUUCAGCUACUUAAGACUCACUCCUCAAAUAAAUGAUUUGAUGGUAAGUUCUGUGCAACAUUUAGAAAGUAUAUGUUUCUACCCACCUAUUCUAGUAUACUAAAUAUACUUUCAGUUAUUUUCAUGUUUUGUAUUUUAUCCUGAUGUACUCACUUAUAUUUUGGCUGUUGGCAAAGAAGUAAUUCAUAAAAGUUUACAAUGUAUUUUGAUACCCAGAUUGGCAAGACUUUGUCUACUACAUAAACAUUUUUGUAGUGUGUCAUGAUCUUAAAUACUGCAUGCAGGUGGGACUCAAAAAUGUUAUAACCCUGAUAUUUUAAUUAAUUUUUUACUUUAAAAUUUUUGUGAAAUUGGUAACCAUAGAAAGAGCUCACACAUUGCAGACAAUGAAUAUUCCUUUUCACAAACACUGUCACCAGGGCACAGACCUACUAUGGAUAGCCUUUGUCCCUUGAGAACAAGGCAGAGCAAGGGACAUUAGGGGAGAAGCAGGCAGCUUGUGCAGCCUGGGAACCUUCUGUUUGCUGCUUUCUUGUUCUUCUGACUGAAGGCCUGCACUGCCUGAUCCUGUGGACCAAUGCUCUGCUCUCUCUGUUUAAAUAAACAAAUAAACACUAAGAGAUAACUACAGAAAGUAUAUUGGAACAGGGGAAUCAACAAUUUUGUGCAGAAAGCUUUGGGCACAUUUUUUUUUUUUUUAAGUGUAAUCUGCCUGAAGUGUACAAAAUUAGAAAAGCAACAUGUGUUUGAUGCUUGGAAAGUGGGAAAGCUGCCAGUGAACUCUAUUGUCUGCUCUCUUGAAAAGUAACUUAACUGAAUGGAAUAUUUGCAAAAAAUUCAGGGCUAUUCAACAAGCCUUGUUAUGAAGUUGGUUGGCUAAUGAAGAUGACAUCAAGUUAUCCUUUAGAAUUUGAUGAACUAGUGAGUUAAGCAUGUGAGAAACAAAUAAUAUCUAGUGAGGAGUGAAAGUGUUCCUCCUAAAUGUACUAGUGUGAAUUAAGGUUAAAAAACAAAAGAACAACAACAAACGUGGAGCCAUGUUCUUAAUUCAAACAGUUCUAAUAAAGGUUCCUCAGUAGACAACAGGUAGUGGGUUAUAUUUGAAGAAUUUUUUUAGCCCUCUUGUUGCUAUAUUAUGAGUAAUAUUUUUUUCUCAUUAUGUACUUUUCUGCAAUGUAUGUGACCUAUUGUGAAAGUGUGUACAUUAACAAUAAACUGCUGUAUGUACUUAAUCGUUAAACAA